CGGACUGUACUGCGCAAGCGCGGGCGAACUGCUUUGGCUCCACAUGCAAAAUAUGAACAAGUUUGCCGGCUGAAUUUAUUGGGCUAUAUAACACUAGAAAGAAAACAAGUUCAUGCAAAGUCCUUUAGGAUCAUCAACAAUUAUGGCAGUGUUUUGCUUUCGCCUGAGGUGAACCCUUCGAUGCUAGCCUUGUUUAAACUAUUUAUGCCUUUGAAGCAUGUGAUGUCCUGCAUGGUAUUUAUAUGUGGAGAUUAUCAGCUGUUCAAGUGUUAGACUCUUGUAAAUACAGAAAUGACUUUGUCAGUAAAAGGGGGCAGCGGGGAGCAGACCCAAGCAAAUCCCCCCGCAACCACACCCCCCUCACAACCUACCCAACCUGCUACCCCAGCAAGCUCUGAGCCGACAAACACAGAGCAGCUGGAAGACAAAAAUGCAGAUGGAAAUCAGGCAUCAGAGGAAAGUGAACUUUUACUUGCGAAUGGGGAGCCGGCAUUUCCUUUGGCUGAACUCUCAAAACUUGAUGAGAUGAUAAAUAGGCCAAGAUGGGUGGUACCAGUGUUACCCAAAGGAGAGCUUGAGGUUCUACUCGAUGUGUCUAUCAAGCUGUGCCGUGCUGGACUAGACACUAAAAGCGAGGACUGUCAGCGAUUCUUCAGGGAUGGCCUAACAACUUCUUUUCAUAAAAUUCUUAAUGAUGAAGCUGUAAAUGGUUGGAAAUAUGAAAUUCAUAGGUGCAUUUUAAAGAACACAGAAAAACUUAUAGAACUCUGCGUAACCAAGCUGUCGCAGGACUGGUUUCCUCUUCUGGAUCUCCUAGCUCUGGCAUUCAACCCAUUGUCCAGGUUCAACAUUUAUAAUGGUGCACGUCCGUCCGAGUCCUUACCCCAAGGUGCUCCUGUAACAGAGGGCAUUACACAGUAUGCUAAAUCGCCAGACGCCAGGUCACCCAAGGGCUGGCUUGUGGAUUUAGUGAACAAGUUUGGUUCCCUAGAUGGCUUUAGCAUACUCAGAGACAGGAUAUGUGGCAAAGAAAAUCUCACUGUUCCCUUAUUGUCGGCUCUUCUCAAGCCAUUUGGUAGUUGUGCUGAGGUUCUCACUCCACAGACCGUAGAGGAAUACUUUCUUCCAGUAAUUGAUUUUGUUCCUGGCUUUCUUGAGAGUUUAUCAGACCAGGAGCUUAAAAAGGAGGCCAAAAACGAAGCCAAGAAUGAUGCUUUAUCAUCUAUAAUUAAGGCAUUGAAAAAUCUAGCAGGAAAAAUAACCUCUAAAGAAGACAUCCCUAAACAGCUAGAAACUUUUAGAUUAAAGAUGAUUCUGAGACUUCUACAAAUCUCUUCUUUCAAUGGAAAGAUGAAUGCAUUGAAUGAGAUAAACAAGGUGAUAAGCAGUGUGUCAUAUUACACCCAUCGUCACACAACAGCAGAUGAGGAGGAGUGGCUAACUGCUGAAAGAAUGGCUGAAUGGAUUCAUGCAAAUAAAGUUCUGUCGAUAGUACUUAAGGAUAACCUUCAUCAACCGCAGUAUGUGGAAAAGCUUGAAAAGAUCAUCCGGUUUGUGAUCAAGGAAAAGGCCUUGUCUUUGGAUGACCUAGACAGUAUAUGGGCAGCACAGAUUGGUAAGCAUGAUGCCAUCAUCAAGAAUAUCCAUGACCUACUCGCAAAACUGGCUUGGGACUUUUCUCCAGAGCAACUAGACCAUCUCUUCUCCUGCUUCCAAGAAAGCUGGACAUGUGCCAGUAAAAAGCAGCGAGAGAAACUCCUGGAGUUGAUCAGAAGGCUUGCUGAGGAUGAUAAGGAAGGUGUCAUGGCACAUAAGGUUCUUGGCUUGCUCUGGAGUCUUGCUCAUAGUGAUGACGUACCCAUUGACAUCAUGGACCUUGCCCUGAGUGCACACAUCAAGAUCUUGGACUACAGCUGCUCACAGGACCGUGACUCACAGAAGACUCAGUGGAUUGACAGAUGUGUUGAAGAGUUGCGCAAUGACAGCUGGGUAUUACCUGCCCUAAAGCACAUCAAGGAGAUCUGCAUGCUAUUCUACGAGGCUCCUCAGAACUACUCACACAUGCAAAGAAACCCCCAUGUGUUCUACCGACAUGAGGUCAUAAAUCAGCUUCAGAUGACCCAUUCCCUGGUCACGCUUGUGGCAGAUAACCUUGCAAAAUACAUGGAGAAGGUCACAUCCCUUGUAGCAGGGAAAAAUGACGUAGAUGUGAAUGAGUUCUUACCAGAUGGCAGAUACAAUCACGCCCAACAAGUCCAAGAACGCCUAACAUUUCUAAGAUUUCUAUUGAAAGAUGGCCAGUUGUGGCUCUGUGAGCCACAAGCCAAGUUGAUCUGGCAAUGUCUGGCCGAGAAGGCCGUGUUUCCAUCUGAUAGAGAGUGUUGCUUUAAGUGGUUCUCCAAGCUGAUGGGAGAUGAGCCCGAUCUGGACCCAGAAAUCAGUCUGUCAUUUUUCGAAGGGAAUGUUCUCAAGCUUGACCCUGCACUAUUAACUGAGAAUGGAAUAAAAUGCUUUGAAAGAUUUUUCCGAGGAGUGAAUAUCAAAGAGCAUAAGCUAGUGAGCAAGCGGCGAGCCUACCUUAUAGAGGAUCUGGACUUGGUUGGAGUUGACUAUCUCUGGCAGGUGGUCCUCCGCAGUUCAGAUGAGAUCGCCAGCAGGGCAAUAGAACUUAUCAAGGAGACCUAUACUAAUCUGGGACCAAGUCUUAGAGCCAAACAGCUUGAAAUUCACGACAAGUUUAUCCAGACUUGCACGGGUAAAAUCCAGCAGUCUGCUAAAUUAUUCACCAACCAAGAGCCUCACAAGGAAGGCGACCACCAAGUGGAGGUCAGUCACGUUAACCUGCGCCAAGAGGCGACACGGGUGGUGCGGUGUCUCACUGUGCUCAAGGAAUACGUGGCUGAGUGUGAUGAUGAUCACAUGGAGGAGCGAGCAAUUCUGCCUCAUGGAAGAUCGUGUCGUGGACGCCAUGUGUCAUUGAUUGUACGUUUCCCGUCUCACGGACGGCAAGGGGAGGAGUUUGAAAUCUGGUCUCACACGAACGAAUCAAUAGCAUCUGUCAGAAGACACAUUCUGAGCAGAAUAAAAGUGGCUUCUCAAGCAACCAAAGUAGAUCUUUAUGUAAAUGGAGAACUUCUAUGUCCAUCGGAUGAUAGAAGACUAGUAUUCCAAGUUCCACUUAGAGACAGAACACUUAUCACCGCUAAAGUGGGCACAAUAGAAUCCUCUAUGCCUUCGUCCCCCGACUCCUCCUCUGAGUCUUCAACAGGGUCAACCACGCCCGCUCUUGACGGUCCAAACCUUGAGGCGGAGAACUGUCUCCCAGGCGUGAUGUUAUCCAAACGCCAUACCUUUUUACAAUACCUGGUUCACCUGGCCGACCUAGCAAUAGAAAAUAACAUAUCUGAGUUACGAGACGUGGUCCGACAACUUCUAGAAUUAAUACCUCCAGAUACCCACACUGUAGAAAAGAUCAAGAAUAUUUGUCGCGACCAUGCUGAGAAUGGAGCAAAAGCCUCUUCCGAGAAAUUGGAAACUGUUUUUUUCCCUAAAUCACCUAUGCAAACCUUAUACAACCUGGAGCUGACGUAUGCGUUAUUGAUGCCUGCAACAUCAGUCUCACAGGAGUCAACGUUUGAAUUUCAAGUCGAUUUCCUGAAAAGUGGUGGCAUCCCAUGUGUGAUAAGCAUGUUAACGAACUCAGAGUUCUUUAGCAAGGCAGACGUUAUUAUUAAAAGAUCUGCAUAUAAUGCGCUACUUAAACACAGUAAGCUAUUAUUCACCGUUAUCGGGCACGCCCAAGUCACGGUUGUCGCAGAAGCCAUUAAUCCGUCUGAGUCUUCCCCCAAUGGCCAACAGCUCGCGCCCUUCCCCGCGAGUGUCCACAAUGCUGUGGUAGUCCUGCAGCAGGCUCUGGUCUUCAUCCCAAACCCAAACACCGAGUGCAUGCUAAAAAACGUGGCGGUCAGGCUGGCACGCAAGAUGGGUAAAGGGGCGACCGGUCACGUCCCAGACCUAAAGGUCAUCAAGGCUGUGCAGCAACUUGCAUGGGCGAGUGCAGGGGGCACCUUACAACUAAUUGACGGCAGCCCUGAAGACAUCAGCAAAACGUUUGAAAAGGCCUCUCAGGAGAUGCUAGACCAAGACGAUGUGCUAGUCGCCAAAGAAGCACUUGAGGUUUUAACAGUAUGUCUUGCUCUCUGUCCUUCUGCAAUCGACUCUCUGAACAAAGACAAGUCAUGGCAGUCGUUUGUCAUCGAUCUUCUUAUCCUCUGCCCAAACAGGGCGGUGCGGUUCAGUGCGGCGGACCAGUUCUUUUUGUUGGCAACAAGGUGUUCUCCUGGUCACCGACCCAUUAUCUUUUUCAUCACUCUCCUCUUCACUGUUCUAAUGAAUACUGUCAAGGAGCACCCGUCUUCUUCACACGAUUACUUCAACUUAUUGUGCAGAUUGCUUAAUCAUGCAUUUUUCACCAACUGCCCGCUGGCCACAGCUGAGGUGCUUCUAAAGAAUGAGAUCAGCUGGCUUAAAAAGACAAAGGAUGCUGUGCUUACGUCUCAAGAGGAGUGCCGCAUUCCUGUUGAUGAGUGUCUAUUGGAGGGUCACCUGGGCAUUACCAGAGAGCUGCUCCUUUUCCAAAGCCCACAGAACAAGCUAACGAUCGGCUCGCAGGCUGGUGGUGGCAAUCUUGUAAAGGAACUCGUUGAAGAUUUUAUAUUUCCCGCCUCUAAACUCGUACUUGAAGCAAGAAAUGGCAACUGUGAUGUGUGGAAUCGUCGAGUCGUGCCUGUCUGCUCUACUCCUGCAACGCUGGUCGCUGGCUUCGACCUUCUAGUCGCCUUGUGUACUGGGUGCGUCCAGAAUCUACGACUGUUAGCAGACAUGCUACUGGAUAUGUACUACUCAGAUAAUUCGUCGGUCACAGAGUGGGAGCAUCUGCCCCCUAUUGGACCACGCCCAUACAUGGGCUAUGUGGGUCUGAAGAAUGCCGGUGCGACGUGCUACAUGAACUCUGUUAUUCAGCAGCUAUUCAUGAUCCCGGAGCUGCGCAAAGGGGUGCUAGCGGUAGAGGGCGCUGCCGCCGAGGAAGAAGAAGACCCCUCAGUCGAGCUAGAGGAGAAGUCCGAGAGUGAAAGUACAAUCGACACGGGAUACCAUUCAGAGGAGAGCAGCAAAGAUUUAGAGACCCAGGGAGGGGAAGCACGGGAUAAGGCGCAGGAACAGAAGAACUAUCAGGUCAACGUGCUGCGACAAAUCCAGUACAUCUUUGGUCACUUGUCUCAGAGCCAGCUGCAGUUCCACAUUCCUAAGGGCUUUUGGAAGACCUUCAAGUUUCUGGGCGAGCCUGUGAAUCUCCGUGAGCAGCACGAUGCAUUAGAGUUUUUCAACAACCUCCUAGACAAUCUCGACGAGGGGAUGAAGGUACUUGGCAAUGAACCAAUCUUCUCCAAGGUCCUGGGCGGGUCCUUCGCGGACCAGAAGAUCUGCAAGGGUUGUCCCCACAGGUACUCCCGCGAGGCACCCUUCAUCGCACUGAACGUGGAUAUCAGGAACCAUCAGAGCCUGCACGACUCUAUGGAGCAGUUUGUAAAGGGAGAUCUGCUGGAAGGGGCCAACGCUUACCACUGCGAAAAGUGUGAUAAAAAGGUUGACACAGUGAAGAGGAUGUGCAUCAGCAAGCUACCUCGCGUCAUGGCUAUCCAGCUCAAAAGAUUUGAUUACGACUGGGAACGGGAAUGUGCGGUUAAGUUCAAUGACUAUUUUGAGUUUCCGCGCGAGAUCGACAUGGAACCGUAUACGGAACUCGGACUUGCCAAAGCUGAGGGAGAAAUUCCACCCGAGCUGGUAGCCGAGUCCGAGAAGCAUGACCCUCCACCCCAGGCCCUCAGCACUCAUUAUCGGCUGAGAGGGAUCCUGGUACACAGUGGUCAAGCGAGUGGUGGUCAUUAUUACUGUUACAUACUACAGAGGUCUAGCUCAGACGAUUCCCAUCGCUGGUACAAGUUUGAUGACGGUGAUGUCUCCGAAUGCAAGAUGGAGGAUGACGAGGAAAUGAAGGCUCAAUGCUUUGGCGGCGAGUACAUGGGGGAAGUGUUUGAUCACAUGUUGAAACGGAUGUCAUACCGCCGACAGAAGCGAUGGUGGAACGCAUACAUCUUGUUCUACGAGCGCGAGGAUAUCAUCGACACUAGCAACACCCCGGAGUCUGUCCAAGCUCUAAAGAUGCCCCCGAGUAUCGAGCGCGCAGUGCGUAAACAAAACGUGCACUUCUUGCAUAACCGAACCCAGUACAGCCCCGAGUACUUCCAGUUUAUGCGUAAGCUGGUUACGGCCAAUGCUGGGCUCGAGAACGCGGCUGGCAUGGAAGAGCUCGCGAUGAUAAGCAUCAAACUUGUGUCACGGUUCCUAUUUACCACCGGCUUCCACACAAAGAAAACCGUCAGGGGUCCCGCUAACGAAUGGUACGAUGCAGUGGCCGCUCUAUUGCGCCAGAGCUCCGCUGUCAGGUGGUGGUUCGCCAAGGAAGUGUUGUUCGCUCAACCAGACAGAUUCAGCGAAUACCUUCUAGAGAGCCCGACUGCUGAGGUACGUCACGCAUUUGCCAAGAUUCUGGUGUUUCUUGCGCACCACACACGGCUGGACGGACCAUGUGGCCCGAUCCCCGGGCUUCCCGAGUCAGAGCUGGAUAACAAGGCCACCUUGAGCGAUCACAUCCUGCGGGCAGUGCUGGGAUUGCUGAAGAAAGAGGUGCCGGAACAUGGUCGACACGUGCAGCAGUACUUUCAGUUCUUCCUUAUGUACGCCACAUUUGGUGCAGCAGAGAAAGCCCAACUGCUCUCAUUCGGUGUUCCCGCCACGUUCAUGCUUGUGGCAGUCGACGAGGGUCCAGGCCCUCCGCUGCGUUACGCGGAGCUCGGCAAGCUGUAUAGCGUGGUGGCUCAGCUGGUGCGUAGCUGUGAUGUGUCAGCUCGGAUGCAGUCGUCCAUGGGGAGCCCUCCGCUUGCCAAUCCCUUUGGAGAGGGGCAGCCUUUGAUGGACCUUCAGCCAGACGUCACCGAAGCGCUCUUUAACAAAUUCACCUAUCUGAAGAAAGUUAUAGAGGACACGACGUCAUCAGAAGAGACGCUUAAGCUACUCAGGUUCUGUUGUUGGGAGAACCCUCACUUCUCACGCGCGGUGCUAAGCGAACUUCUAUGGCAGGUCGCAUACUCAUACACGUAUGAGCUCCGUCCGUACUUCGACCUGCUGCUUCAGAUGUUACUGCUGCAGGACUCUUGGCAGAGCCACCGGAUUCACAACACACUGCGGGGGAUCCCGGAUGACAAAGACGGGCUCUUUGAGAUAAUCAACCGCUCCAAGAACCACUACCAGAAACGCGCAUACCAGUGUAUCAAGUUUAUGGUCGCGCUUUUCACAAAUUGCCAAAUGGCGCAUCAGAUUCUGCUCACCUCUCCGGACUUGAAACGCAAGUGGACGUGGGCCAUGGAGUGGCUAGGCGACGAGCUCGACAGGCGGCCGUAUGCCGGUGGCGCUAACUACACUUACAACAAUUGGUCGCCGCCAGCUCAAUCGAACGAGACUUCGAAUGGGUAUUUCCUUGAACGGUCUCACAGUGCUCGACUGACACUCGCCAAAGCUUGCGACCUGUGUCCUGAGGAGGAGCAGGAGGAGGGCGAGUGUGAGGCCGACAAUGGAGACACCCCAGAAGAUGGAGCGGAACAAGCACUCGACCAAGACCCCGCUCCGCCGCCUGACGAUGAGCAAGGCAAUGGUGGCGAGGAGCCUGUGACCUAUCCCGAAGACAAACCUUCAAACGAGACCGCCGAAUGAGGCACUACGAGUGUCCUAAUGAAGAAAUCCGGGAAAUGACUCGACCCUCGCGGUCUACCGGGUCAGGUUGUGCAAUAGGUGAUAAGCACAAACCAGAGUUUUCCCUCUCAAAACCUUCGCACCCAUCCCUCCAAGGUUGAAACUUUGUAAUUUAUUUUCUAUUUAACUCAAGAAGAUAAGUGUUCGGGUUGGAUGCACUAUGACGUGAUCUAGUUGUCGUAGAUUCGAUCUGUCUGUGGGGUUUUAUUUUAAGGUCUGUUAUCGCUAUGUCAAAUGUAUAAAGAAUAACCGGAUAUAUGUGUGCCAUUUACAGACAUUCUGUCUCUACCGUAGCGUUUGCUUGCAGGCAACGGAGUGCAGUUUUAUUGCAAAAAUGCCAGGGUUCUCAUUUGCGACUUUUUGCGCCUUUAUGCUAUUUUGCAUACCAAAUUUCUGGCGACGUUUGCUCCCCAAUGCUAAGGCGAACAGGCCAACAGACUAAUCUUAAACUAGUUGAACUACUGAUUGUUUCUCGGUGCCGUUAUUGUUUUGGACGGUGUGCUAGGAUCUUAUAGAGCUUUUAUUUUGUCUAAAAUGAUUCGCGGCUCGAUUUCAGAGACUGUCAAGCUAAAAUGAACUAGUUUAUUCUCUCGAUGUCUUUAUAUAUAUAAAGUCUAAUCAAUGACAGUAUUUUCAAGUUGUAAUUGUUCUGUAUUUGCCAAGAUGAGUUUUUGGAUUUUCUGUUGUGUCGGAUGAUAUUUAGAAUAAGGAAGCACCGCCCUCGGGUCCAACUUCUUGGUUUGUCCAGUUCGUAGGUUUUGUGCGAUGUUUUAGUGGAACAUAUUGAGCAAAUGCUUUUAAAUAGGCAGAGAAAAUGAAAUAAAAUCAUUAAAUAUGA